GGUGGGAGUUCGACGAAGGACAAGGCGGCACUCGAAGAAUUACCGUACAUACGAUCAGUUCUCCUAUCGCCGCGGUCACGGCAAACACUACUAUCGCGAGAUGCUCGUGCCAACGUUAAAAUCGUCGUUCAUCCUAUUCGCCGUGCUCUCGGUCGAAGCUCUUUCAAUUAUGAGGAAAGAACCGCGCGGUCCCAUCCAAGAAGCGCUGCAAAAUGGUCUCGCGGCACAGUACAAUCGAGAAAAUUGCGUCUGGAGACGGGGAAACGAUAGAGAUUCUUGUCCCGACCCUGAUGUUCGUGUUUUCCUUUAUACGUUCCAUCGACCAAGACGAGAACUCGACUCUAGAGAAUCCGACUGGCUGCGACAGGAUUAUGAUCCGACCAAAGAGAACGUUCUUUUGAUACACGGAUACGCAGGCGGUGACGACACCCUUCCCAUAUCCGUCCUACGUGACGCCUACCUUCGAAACGGAAGCUACAACGUAUUCCUGGUUGACUGGGGUGCUUUGUGUGCGCCACCCUGUUACCCAGCGGCUGUAUCGAACCUUCGUCCAGUAGCACGUUGCCUCGCCGGCACUUUGACCACAUUACGAAACCUAGGUUUACCUAUCUCGAGAACAACCUGCGUGGGACACUCGUUGGGAGCGCACAUCUGUGGGAUCAUGGCAAACUUUCUGUUGUUCAGGAUGCACCGAAUAAUCGGUCUGGACCCAGCAAGACCUCUUCUGCGUCCUGGAUAUGUAAAUCGUCUGGAUAGUGGGGACGCAGAUUUUGUCCAAGUGAUUCACACAAAUGCGGGAUAUUAUGGAGAGGGUGGUCGCAUGGGACACGUGGAUUUCUGCGUGAACGGUGGCAAAGUGCAGCCGUACUGCGAGAACAAGCCGAAUUAUCAACUAUGCAGCCACGUCUGGGUCGUCUGUUACAUGGCGCAGAGUAUCGACAACGUCGGCCAGGAAUCGAUGGCUGAGCCAUGCUCAAGACGAUGCCCUUCCGGACCAAGAAUCACUCUCAGAGCCGGUGAGUAUGUGGCCAUGGGCCAACAUACACCGGUCGGCACUAGGGGCUCUUUUUGCUUCACCAACAAAUAUCCUCCCUAUUGUCCUAAAUAUAGUAACGGACGUGGCGACGAGAGAUGCUGUAUACCCGAGGACAAACUUGUCACGUUUUAGUGACAAGAAAAUCGUUGGAACACAUAGGAAGGAUAGAACAUACAAGACUGUACGUAAAACGCGAAAUAAGUAACGUAAAAUGAAACGGAAUUUUAUAUUAAGCAAAGAAUUAAUGGUAGUAUUGAUGAUCAUUAAAGAAGUAGAAUUAUUGUCUAAUAUUUUCUUAUUUGUACAGAAGUUGAUAAGCAUACCAGUAUUCUUUAGAUAGUACGAAGCUGUCAACCUGUUAGACGAUAUAAUUCUCCACUCGAAUCCUCAAUCUCGUAGACAAAGUAAUUUCUUUACUUAGAGAUCUAUUAUCUUUUUACAUGUCAUUUUACCUCCCUUAAAAAUAGAUUAUAUUAAAACUAAUAUUGCAAAAACUAUAACCGAUCUACUUAGGAUUAAUCCGUCUUUAUUAACUUUAAAUUCCAUGAUCAUAGAAAAUUCUGGUUAAGAAAUAAUCCGAUCAGUAGGUCAAAAAAAAGCUUCGCAUAAAAUUUUUUAAUCUGUUUUUAUUCAACAAACUAAACGAAAAGAUAGGGAAUUGCAUUAUAAACAUCGAGUUCAGUUACAAGAAACAACAUUCCAUACGGCAAACCUUGUAUGUAGUAUUUUUAAAGAAAUGGAAAGUGGUUGAACCACAUAUGCAAGUAUAUGGUGUAAAACAUGUCGAUUGCCUUAAAUUAAUUCAUAUCGCAGGGCAAGUGUAAAUGGUGUCUAAAUCGUACAGGUACCACGUUAUUUAAUCGAUGAAGCAUACAGGUGUUUGAGGACAAGUAGAUCUUCGUACGGUAUCGCGACGCGUGUAGUCCGAUUCCGGAAUGUGAUUGCGUAUUCAAACGCGGUACGUACCGUCCGGAAAAAUCUUGCGUCCGUGAUCUACCGACCUAUCAAUCCCGUUAACCGCUCCACUGAACCUCUAUAAAUGUAUUCAUGACAAUGUCCAGCGAACGGACAACCGUCUUUUUUUCGAUCUGUCCUCGCGGAACGCCGGUGUGCAAUCGCUUGUUCCGAUGAUUUGCACGUUCGAGCAACGAUCAGUCGUUUCACAGCGAAAAGUUACGUUCCAUUUUAUUUAAUACCCUAAGUACAAUAGUGGAAGGGAUGUGGUAGUUUCUUAAAGAUAUUUGUAAAUCUAAUUAGGAAACAAAUAUUUCGUUAUUCGAAGAUUAAGAUAUCUUUAUUUUCUUACUACUUAGUUUUAAAUCAUUAUUUUAAAAAUUCGGAUAUUUGUGUUGGAAUUUCGAAUAUAGAUUUAGUUAAACUAAAGAGCCAGGUGGAAAGAAUAUUUAUUCAAGAUUUUGUCAUUUACAUAUUUCGCCUGAGAUCUUCAAUUAAAACACUGAAGUGUGAAAUUGAAGAUUUCAUUGAUCACAUCAAAUGGAAGAAGAGAAAAAAUAUGAUGUUUAAAUCAAAUGGAUAUUAUAACAAAGUACAACUAAAUCAGCACACGUAUAUAAUGUUUCUUCCUAGGAAAUCAAUGUUAGAAUAAUUCACACUGAACGAUAUUGUAUAAUAUGUAAUAUAACAUACGUAUAUAAGAAGUGAAUAAAAAAGCAGGACCAAACAUUUCCCUAUUCUUCCACAAAUCAGUUGCCAUAAGAAAACAUAUCUGCUUGAAAUUGCGUAUUGUAACAUACUAUAUCGUUAGAAAACUUAAGAAAUCUGCUGAUUUUGUGCUUCUAAACUCCGACUUUUGGUCUUCUUUCCGUCAUCGCAAUGGCUAAAUGCUUGACAUUCUCACGAUUCGACCAAUGCACAAGAGCCUGUUGGAGUCUUUAUACAAUGCACAAGCAAUUUCGCUGGGAAACUCGAAAGAAAGAAAAAAAAGGGCGCAUUAAGAGGAGACGUAUCGUGGUACGGAAGCUCGACAAAUCCAGACAUCGUCGAGUAGCCGACGAACCGGCGACUUGCUGGUACAAAAGUGUUUCGGGAGACAUCGAUACCAGAAGAUGCCGGGAUCCUUGGAAAGGCGACACGUAGGCGCGACACGAUUCUCGACAAUAAGAACUCAUGUCUCUACAGAUACUUCCUCUUGAGAAUAGCGGUUUCCCCGAGAUUUGCCUAAUCGGCUAUCAAGAUGUCUUUCUAUCCAGAAACUUCCGUGUCUGGUCACAUCAAAGAAUAUUGUCUUUUACAAGGCCAUCUUGUUUUACACGAAAUGUUCAAUUUAAUUCUAUGAAUUGUAAAUAAGCAUUUUCUUCUUUCUUUCCGCGGAAGUGCACGAAAGAGCUACAAUAUAUUUGAAAUAAAAAUUUAAUCAAAUACGAUAGAAUAUUUAUUAAAGUAAUUUUCACUUACAAAAUAGUUGGCCGUAAUUGGUUAUUAUAUUAUUGUUGAUGAAGUAUUCUGUUUGAGAUCGUAAUAAUUUUUAAAAGUUAGGAAAAUAAACGUAGGAUAAAGAACGAAUAAUAAGGAAAUGUAACAUCUUGUGUAAAUGGCAAUUUAUUAUAGCUAUAAGUUGAAUGCACAGUAAAAAAAAUCAUUGAUCAACCUUAAACUAUGUAUCUUAAGUAACGACAUUAUUGACAAAAAUAUUUUGGUAUUUCAACGCUCGCAGUGUACAAAAUUUAUAGAUAAAAUUACAUAAUAUACACGGAUUUGGUUAAUUAACAAUUACAUAUAUAAAUAUAGCAUUUGUAAUACUAGCAAACUUCAUUUGCCCCUCGCAUUUGGAGCAUAUUAAGGAACCAUGUAUAUCUUUUAUAUCUUAUAGUAAUUGUAUUUUGUAAGGCACUAGAUUGUACUUAUUUACAAUAGCGCGAUGUUCACGAUGUUAGGCACCUACUUCUAGCACUUAACCUUAUUCGAAAAGCGUAGAUCUUGAAUUAUAUUGAUGUUCGAAAAAAUUCAUCUAAUUUUCUGUUGUAAAGACUGCCUUGUUUGUUUAUUCUUUAUAAAAAAAAUUCAUUUAAUCGAUGUAUCACAAGCACAAGGAAAUCUUUAGCGUCAAAAAUUUAUUUAAGAUAUCUUUGGUCCUUUAUCAAGAAUUUAACGAGAAUAUAAAAAUAAAUGGAAAUUUAAGUA